UUUCUUCCGGAAGACACAGCGGUCGGAAUUAAUCAACCCACUAACAAUAAACAACUUGGUUUCUUUUGAACAUUGUAGCACACCUGAAGAGUAGACUACCACACAUGCUGCUGUGCCUGAUUUCGGCAGUAAGCCCGAGUGUAGCAAGAUGGGGUACGAGGGGUCGCCGAGGCGCCGCACUCCCCUUCAACUCAAUCCGCUGUCAAAAUGUCACCUCAACCGAAGGCACGGCACAGCCUACAGUUGCUCCUGCAGCUGGACAGUACCGUGGCAGUGUGCUACUGCCCCGCACUGAGUUCGCCAUGAAAAUAUCAGGGCAGCAGCUUUUGGACCGGGAAAUAGAAAUUCAAAGGAAAUGUGGCUUUUCAGAGCUGUACUCGUGGCAGAGGGCGAGAAAGGCUAAGAAAGUGUUCUGUCUCCAUGAUGGACCCCCUUACGCGAACGGAGACCCACAUGUCGGACACGCCCUCAACAAGAUUAUGAAAGACAUCCGGAACCGCUUUGAAAUGCUGAGGGGGAGACAAGUCCACUACAUUCCAGGCUGGGACUGCCAUGGGCUGCCCAUCGAGCUGAAGGCACUGGGAGAACUGGGAACUAGUGGACUUGGCCCCCUGCAGAUUAGAGAGAAGGCCCGUAAGUUUGCAGAGGGCGCCAUUUCUCGUCAGCGCGCCGCCUUCCAGCGCUGGGGCGUGAUGGCGGACUGGGACAAGUGCUACUACACCUUUGACGGGACGUACGAGGCGGCACAGCUCAAGGUCUUUCAGGAGAUGCACGGCAAGGGGCUGAUCUAUCAGGAUUAUAAGCCUGUGUUCUGGUCACCCUCAUCAAGGACGGCCCUGGCAGAGGCCGAGUUGGAAUACAACCCCCACCAUGUGAGCAAGGCCAUCUACGCGACCUUCCCGCUGGCCACCCUGCCCCCUAAGCUGGCCCUGGGGACUGCGGACCCCAGCGACAUCUCUGUGUUGGUGUGGACCACACAGCCGUGGACCAUCCCUGCCAACCAGGCCGUGUGCUUCAUGCCAAAUGCCCAGUAUUCAGUCGUGAGGAGGGCAGACAACUCGCAGGUCUUCUUGGUGGCCACGGAGCGCAUAGCCAGUCUGUCCAUGCUGCUGGGCACUGAGCUGGAGAGUGUUAGCACUUUAACAGGUUUAGAUCUCGAGGGGGGAAUCUGUCAUCAUCCCACAAUUCCAGGGAAAAAAGUUCCAUUGUUACCCGCUAAUCACGUGACCAUGGGUAAAGGCACAGGAUUGGUCCAUACAGCACCAGCUCACGGCAUGGACGACUACAGUGUGGCUUCCCAGUUCAAACUGCCUGUGGAGUGCAUUGUGAAUGAAGAAGGCAAGUUUACAGAGCUGGCAGGUGCUGAGCUACACAACCUGCCCGUUAUGGAGGAGGGGACGGACGCAGUGAUCUCCAUGCUGAAAGCGUCGGGCACGCUGGUUCGUGAAGAGAAGUGUGUGCACAGCUACCCGUACGACUGGCGGAGCAAACAGGCUGUGGUGAUCCGACCCAGCAAACAGUGGUUCAUCAACACGGCCAACCUCAAAGACAAAGCCAAGGACGUGCUGCAGAAAGUCCGUGUGGUGCCCGAGUCAGCUCGAGGCAGUCUCUUAGCCAUGCUGGAUAGGAGGACAUACUGGUGCAUCUCUCGCCAGAGAAGCUGGGGGCUUCCAAUCCCUGUGUUCUAUCACAAGGAGACAAGGGAGCCCCUGAUCAACAGUCACACCAUAUCCCACAUAGCCAAGCUGUUCUCAGAGAAGGGCAGUGACUGCUGGUGGGAGCUGCCCAUGGACUCACUGCUGCCCCCGGAGGUGCUCAAGAAGAGUAAGGAAGGAGAUGUGACAGACUAUGAGCGGGGACAGGAUGUACUUGACAUCUGGUUUGACAGCGGAGCAUCUUGGGCCGCUGUUCUACAAGAGGAGGUUGAGGUGGACUCUGAAGAGCCAAAGUCUCGACUCAGCUGGUUCACACCUCCCUUACUUCAAACCAAACUGGCCCCAGAGUCGGACUCCAUAGCUGAUGUGUAUGUGGAAGGGAAAGACCAGAUCGGAGGCUGGUUCCAGUCCUCUCUGCUCACCAGCGUGGCCGUGCGGAACAAGGCACCAUACAAGUCCCUGGUAGUUCAUGGGUUUGCUGUCAGUGAGAAAGGAGAAAAGAUGUCCAAGUCACUGGGUAACGUGGUGGAUCCGGACACUGUCAUCAAUGGAGCAGAGGACCCCAGGCUCUCCCCGGCAUACGGGGCGGACGUGUUGAGGUGGUGGGUCGCAGAGUCCAACGUCUUCUCCGAGGUCCAGAUCGGCCCUACGGUGCUCAACUCGGCCCGGGACAGCAUCAACAAGCUGAGAAACACUCUGAAAUUCCUGUUGGGGAACCUGCAGGGCUUUGACCCUCGCACCCAAGCGGUGGACCCCAAAGAGAUGCACUAUAUUGACCAGUACCUUCUGCACCAGCUCAGGGAGUAUAGCAUGAAGGUGACAGAUGCCUACAGUGAGUUUGACAAUGGCAGGGCCAUCCGCGUCCUCCAAGCCUUCAUCACCAGGGACCUGUCCAGCUUCUACUUCAGCAUCAUCAAAGACCGGCUGUACUGUGAUCCUGAAGACUCGUUGGGUCGGAGGUCAUGUCAGACGGUCCUGGAGGAGGUUCUGGACGCCCUGACUCGCUCCAUCGCUCCCAUCCUGCCUCACCUGGCAGAGGAAGUCUACCUGUAUGCACCUGGACAUGAUGCGGAAGACACCGUGUUUCGGAGUGGGUGGGUCAAGAGCAGUUCGGUGUGGCGGAGGCCAGGAUUGGAGGAGGCCGUAGAGGGGGCGUGUGCCAUCAGGGACUCCUUCUUGUCCUCUAUCCCAGGACGCAAUGCUGCAGAGUAUGACCUCACCAUCGCCAUUGAACCAGGCCUGCUUUUUGAACUAAUGGAGUCUCUCCAGGAGGAGCCCACCUCCACCUGCUCGCAGCUAACGGAGCUGAUGAUGUCAUCACGGACCACGCUGGCCAGCACCCUGCCCAGAGACCUGCCCGCUGACGCCCUGGUCAGCAAGGGCAGCUUCCUCAUCAACCUGGAGGGAGGGGUUAUCCGUGAGGACAGUGCCUACAGUGUGGCAGCAGUGCCCACCUCCAUGGCACGAUGCCCGCGCUGCCGUCGCUACACAGCCGAGUCAGCAGACUGCCUGUGCCCUCGCUGCCAGACCAUCGUCGAAGGGCCACACUGACACCUCCCGCCGUCUGCCCUGACAACUGACAGCCUGCAAACAACACCCUCUUGUUUCCUUGCCAACCAGAAAAAAAACUAAGUUGCCCUCGGUAAACAUUGACUUCAGUGGUGUCCACUGGACAACUCGUGGGCCAGCUUAGCUUUCGCUGCUUAGUAAAGCACUGUGUGGUUGUUUUAGAGACAGUCUGUUGGUUUAAGAAACUGCCAGACCCACAAUUCUGGCAGCGAUGUGGAUACAGUGAUGUGGACACAGUGAUGUCGUCACCACAAGAAGAGGAAAAAGCCUGAGGUUGACCAAUAUUUUGUUAAGCAGUUUGUUUUAUUUAUAUAUAUUUUUGUCGGGUCAUUGUAUCUUAAAGGCUAAGCAGUUCUUUAUUUUACAUCAAAGAAUGGCAAACGUUUAAUAACCACUUCAAUAUAGUUUGGGAAGAAAAUGUGUUGAACACGAAAUACAGGGGUAGACCUACAAUAAAUACAUCUACAUUUGGAGUCAUUGAUGAAAUGGAAGUUUACAUUGAUGUCAUUGAUGACACACAGGGCAUGGAACAGAUCUGUAUUCUAUUUCUUGUGUUGAAAUGGGAGCACACUUUAAACUCAAUGUCACUAUGUGAUAAGGUGAGAGGAGUGGAAAAGAGAAGAUGUCAUUGGCAUCACUUAGUUAGAAGGGUUUGGGUGACUAUUCUUCCAUCUUGAAAGUGUAAAACUGUAUAAAACCUUCUUUGUAAACAGUACUCCAUUAAAUGUACAGAGAAUGGAAAGCGUUUCAGAACAAGAAUUGUGGCCCCAGUGUGUACUUGCAUGGUUCAUAGAGAAAGCAACUGUUUUGCAAGCCUGAAUUUGCUGGAGCAAAUGGUGGUCAAAUUUGAACAAUUAAUUGUAAUGCUGCACUUUGAAAAUAUAAUAUUGAACCCUAA